UGGGUGAGAGGGUGCCAUUUUGGGUACAUAAAUCCAUACUGGUAGUCUUGGCCAGGAUUUAAAAGUUGAAAUAAUUUUUUUGUAAUUUGCUCAUCUGGUGUUUUAUCAUUUCACACUCAAGUUAUUUUUAAUAUGCUUGCAUACCUGCAUAAUGAGUUACUACACAAGCCUGGUACUGGUGAUGAUUGUGCUUUUGUUGGCAAAGAAAGAUUUUUCAUGAUGCUCAGAAAUUUUCAGUACUGGCAAAAGUUUUUGCUACUACCCAAGUUUAAAUACAAGGAAUAAUAUAUCUUAUUUAUUGAAAAUAAAAGAUGAAAUACAUUCUUGUUACUGGAGGAGUCAUUAGUGGCAUUGGUAAAGGUGUGAUAGCUAGCAGUGUUGGAACACUUUUGAAAGCAUGUGGUCUACAUGUAACUUCAAUAAAAAUUGACCCAUACAUCAACAUUGAUGCAGGAACAUUUUCACCCUAUGAACAUGGUGAGGUGUUUGUUUUAGAUGAUGGUGGAGAAGUUGACUUGGAUCUUGGGAAUUAUGAGCGCUUUCUUGACAUAACCUUACAUAAGGAAAACAACAUAACUACUGGAAAGAUAUACCAACAUGUGAUAAAUAAAGAAAGAAAGGGUGACUAUCUUGGGAAAACUGUUCAGGUUGUCCCUCACGUUACGGAUGCUAUCCAGGAAUGGGUAGAGAGAGUUGCCCAAGUAGCAGUGACACCAGAUGGCCAAACACCAGAUGUCUGUACCAUAGAACUUGGGGGCACUAUUGGAGACAUUGAAGGCAUGCCUUUUGUUGAAGCCUUCAGACAGUUUCAGUUUCGAGUUAAACGAGAAAACUUCUGUUGUGUUCAUGUCAGCUUGGUCCCUCAGCCACGGUCAACAGGAGAGCACAAGACGAAACCAACACAAGCUAGUGUUCGUGAGCUUCGAGGGUUAGGCUUAUCCCCUGACCUGAUUGUUUGUAGAAGUGAACAACCUGUUACUAAUGGAGUAAGAGAAAAGAUUUCAAAUUUUUGUCAUGUUGGACCCAACCAGGUAAUAUGUAUGCAUGAUGUCCCAUCGAUCUACCAUGUUCCAUUGCUUAUGCAUGAUCAGGGGAUCACAGAGCUCUUCAUUGAAAGGUUACAACUGAAUCUCCCUUCCAAGCGACCUCGGCGGUUCCUAUCUAAGUGGCAGGAUUUAGUAGACAGGUUUGAUCAUUUAGUGAAAGAGGUAACCAUAGCACUUGUUGGCAAGUACACCCAACUUGAAGAUUCCUAUGCUUCAGUAACCAAAGCACUUCAGCAUGCCUCACUAGCAUGCAACUAUAAGUUAAACCUUAAGUACAUUGAAGCUGCUGAUUUAGAACUCCAAAAAAGAGAAGAAAAUCCAGUACAGUUUCAUGAAGCUUGUCAGCAACUGUGCAAGUCUGAUGGUUUGUUGGUACCUGGAGGAUUCGGAAUUCGGGGAAUUGAGGGGAAAAUAACUGCCAUUGAGUGGGCAAGAAAGAACAAAAAACCUUUCUUAGGUGUGUGUCUUGGCCUUCAGUGUGCUGUGAUAGAGUUUGCUCGAAAUACACUAGACUGGAAAAAUGCUAACUCAACUGAGGUUGACCCUGAUACUCCUUACCCUGUGGUUAUUGACAUGCCAGAACACAAUCCAGGUCAUAUGGGAGGAACCAUGCGUCUUGGUAAACGUCAGACAGUUUUUAAGAGCGAAAACAGUAUAUUGUGCCGAUUGUAUAAAGAUGAACAAUACAUUGAUGAGAGACACCGACAUCGUUAUGAGGUGAACCCUGCUUUUGUCCCAGAUUUAGAAGCAUCAGGAAUGAAAUUUGUAGGCCAAGAUCUAAACGGAGAGAGAAUGGAAAUUAUGGAGCUACAAGGUCAUCCUUAUUUUGUGGGUGUUCAGUUCCACCCUGAGUACAUCUCGAAUCCUCUACGUCCCUCCCCUCCAUACUUGGGUCUUGUUCUUGCUUCUUGUGGCAAGUUAAAUAAUUACAUAUCCAAGGGAUGUUGUCUCUCACCAAGACAAAUUAGUGAUGAUGAGAGCUCUGAUGAGGAGAUCUCCACUGUCUCAAAGAAGAUUUCUCAGACAACUCUUCAAGUACCUAAAGGGCAGUAAUAAAUAUUAGUGUAAUACUGAUAAAAUUAUUUAAACUAAUCUAUGAAGCCUUGCAUUAUUCGGUAAAGUUAUUGGCAUUUAUCUAUUAGCUAGUAUUUUACAAUAUAUUUACCUUAUUUAUAUUCUGAAAUGUUUUUUCUCACAGAUUGUAAAAACUGAAAAAAUAAAAUCAUACAUAACAGGUUUUUUACAUGUUUGUUAUUUAAGUUUUAUUUCUUUUAAAGUAUCUCUAUCUUUAAAAUUGGCAUUGUAAAAAAAAAAGCGUAGUACUUAAUAUCUGUUUUGACAAUUUUUUUAUGCUGCAUUUGAUUUGUUGAAAUGUUGGUGACUUAAAAUUUAAAGAUACUUUUUGUACUUUAUAGUUUAAUUUAUUUUUUUUUACAACUAAACAAAAUAUGAUAAUUUAUUGUUCCCUUCUGAGUAAUGCUGUACUGUAAGAUAUUAGGAAAAUGUUACAUAAAUUUUGAUGUUUUGUGUAAAAAUUUGAAUUCACAACGUUUAAAUUUUUUAAAAAAUUAACGGAAUUUUUUUCCAACUUUACAUUUUAUUGUUAACUGUUCUCUUUGUGAAUGUAACAUAAUGAGCCUGGGUGUAUAUUAUUAAAAACGUAGGUAUAAUUAUUAAAUUCAUAAAUAAAACUAGGUUUUUAUUAGCAAGUUGAAAGUUAACCUAACAUCAAGUCCACUUAUACUCGAAAAAUUGGCUUACUUGUUCCUGUGUUUUAUUAUUUUAAAAAAUGAUACUAUAGAAAGAAUGUAUCAAAAAAUUAUGAAACCUUAUAAAUAUAUGUAUUGAAUGUACUGAAACGAACAUGGAUUAAAUGGUUAGUUCUUUUGA